CGAGCGGAGCUAGCGCUGGGUCGGGGGAGGGGCGUCCUCGGUUGCAGGGAGGAGGAGGAGGGGGAGGAAGAAGAGGAGAGGGGGGGCAGUGUGGCCCGUCGCCCGGGGCCAAGCCCACCUGGAUCCCCUCCCCCCUCCCUCUCCCCCCCCCCUCUCCAGCCCCGCCAGAGCGGAGCCCCUUCUGCAGAAUGCCUGAGCGGGAUCGCGAUGGGGGAGCCGGGCGAAGGCAGAAGGCAGCGGCCGCCCAGUGAUCCCCGGGGAAGGAGGGCGGUUGGGGUCCUCUCGGCCCCCUCCAGCGCCGCUUCCCAAGGAGCCAUGGACCCCCAAUCUCUGGAUGCUGCUGUGCAGAACACCUUGUCUGGGCUCUUCCCUCCCUUCGAGGUCACGGCGCCCACGGUGCUGAGCCAGCUCUUCCGGGUCCUGGAGUCCAAGUACCACGGGGAUGGGCUCUGUUGCCUCCUGGACUUCCUCAUCCCUCUGAAGCGACUCCUGGAACACAUCCGGCAGGCCUCCUGCGCUCCCUACUCUGGCCAGGUCUUCCUGCACGAAGGCUGGCCCUUGUGCCUCCAUGAGAAGGUGACCGUCCAUCUCAGCCCCUUGAACCCCCUUCUGCUCCGUCCGGGGGACUUCUACCUCCAAGCCGAGCCUUGUGGGGAGCAGUCCGCCUGCCUGGUGGUGAAGUGUCUCUCCAGGGACUUGACCACCGCCGAGAAGAUCUCCAUCCCUGAUGCCUCUUGCUCCUGGCUCUUCACCGACGCUUGGCUGGAGGACGUCAACCGAGACCUGGAGCGGCCAGCCCUGCGCACCUGCCUGGUGGCCACCGGCAACGGGAUUGUCCCCGUCCCCUGGAAUAAAAUAGCCACCCCAGAGUUCGUCCAGCUCCCCAAAGCAGAACAGCCCAUGGAGAAGGACUCCGGCCACCCUGAGGCUCACUGCAAGGCUGGGCCUCCAAGCCACCCCAGCGGUGAAGACCAGGUCUCCAAACCCUCUCCAGGGAAGUAUCCGGGACUCAUCAAGGUAGACCAAGGCUCCUGGAAGAAGUCCACCCUCUUCGUGGUGCCCAGCCUCUGCGACAUCAUUAGCGAGAACCUGGAAGGCGAAUAUGUCAACCUGGUGGAGUUUUCGGAGGAAUCCCCCAAAGCCGAGAUGUCUUCUCCAGCGGUGGCCCCUCACCCUCUUCAACCGGAAGGCGAGAAGGGGCUUCUUCAGGCCAACGGGGAGACCGGACCUCCGGGGGAGGCCUGGAAUUGUGGGAAGGAGCAAGACUUGGAGGAAGGGCCCUGUACCCCCUGCCUGAGAAGGAAACUGAGCCCGGACUCCAAGACCCAUGAGCCACGGUGCCGCUACCGAGACUCCUACAUGGCGGCUCUCCAGAACCCCAUCAGCUUCAACUCGGGGCUGAUGGCGGCCAUAUUGGAGGAGAUGGACUUGAGCCAAGAAGCCUGCUCUUCCGAGGACACGGAGGCCCAGCCAGAUGAAGGGUCAGGCCAGAUGAUCUCUACGAACCUCCCAGAACACCCCAACAAGGACAGGAAAGCAGAAGAAAGUCCCAAGCCGGCGGCCACCAAACUCACAAAGUCUCCGGCUGAAGGUCCUGCGUCCAGCAGCAAAUUCUCCUUCCUGAAAGGCCAUCGUCCCACGGCGUCUUCUGGGGAGGGGCCCGGCUCCCCCGAAAAAGCUGGGAAGGGGCCCGAAGGUCCUCGGAAGAAAACGUUGAUGGUCUCCUCCCCCAAAGGGGCCAGAGCAAAGCCCCUGGCAGGUGGGAAAGGUUCCAGUCAGACUGAAGUCGCAUUUGGGGAAAUCUUAAGACCCCUGAAUCUGGAUGCUGCUGGCGUAACCCCCUCCAGCACCGAUCCCCUGGUCAAUGAGCCGCUUGUCCUGGGAUCGAGUCCCUCCGAGUCCGUCCCGUGGGAUCUGCUCAACUCCCAGCUUUUGUCUUCGGGGAUCGUCCGUCUGCCAGGCAGCGUGGACAAGUUCGGGAGGCCCCUGGUUGAAAUCCCCCAAAACGGAGGAGGCUGGCAGGACCCUGGGUUCUCUGCUAAAGAGGUGGCACAGCUUCUACUCUGCCUUUGCUCCAUGGCCAGGAAGCGUUCCCACGACCAGGCGGUGGUCAUCCUAGUUGAUGCCAGGAAGGAGGCUCCUCCUCCGAUGCUCCCCUCAGCCCUGGGAUCCCUCCAGAAAACCUUCCCUGGAUCCAUCCAGGUUCUCCUGCUGGUGGCAGAGAAGGAGGCUCCCUCUCAGGUGGAGAAGUUCCUCGGCUUACAGGUGGAGGCCGUGACUUCUCCGAAAGCUUUGAACCGCCACGUGGACAAUAGCCAGCUGACCCCAGCCUUCGACGGUCACUUCCCCUACAACCACGGGGAAUGGGUCCAGUUCCUCCAGAGAGUCCAUCAUUUUGUCGGUGGUCUCAAAAAGGCCUCGGGGUUGCUACGGACCACCACCCAGGAGCUGGAGAAGGAAGAGGGUCUGGAGACCUUGCAGGCGGUGGAGCGCCAGGUCAGCCGGCACCGGCAGCUCAUGCAGGAGGUUCUGCGCGACGCCCAGCUGGUCAGCCUGCAGCGGGAAGGAGGGGCCACCCUGGCCAGGCUGCGGAAGGAGGCCGCCCGGCUCGGCUUCACUCCUGACGUCCGGCGCAGUUUUGAGGGUGCCCUGGCCGUCUACAACCUGGUGGAAGAGGACGUCCACACCCUGGUGACCAAAUCCAACGGUUGCUUGGAGCACUUGGAGUUCCUCAAGAAGAUCCGGGAACUCGAGGAGGGAUUUCACCAGGUCAGUUUGUGGAUUGACGAAGAAGGAGAACCAGAGCUGAGAGCGGUGGGAUUGGCAGAGGGAAGCCUGGAGAAGACUGAAGAGUCCUACCAGCGGUUUAAGGACUUCUUCAAAGAAGCCACGGUCCACUACAACCGAGGCCUCUCUUUAUCCAAGGAAGCCGUCAAGAUCCAUGGGUUCAAAUUUCCCGAGAUGGCCACCUUUGAGGCAACCAAGGGAGCUUUCCAGGCUAAGCUGACCAUGUUCUACAUGGACAUGGAGAUGAAAGGAGCAGAGCUGGAGACUUUCCUGGACCUCUACAGAUUCUGUGACAAGGUCACGGCGUUUCACCUGGACUGCCAGCAACAUCUGGCCCAGUGGGAGGCCAGGGGGAAGGAGCCCACCGUGACGGAGGUCCAGCAGGACACCAGAGACGCCCUCCGGCGAAUGUCCGAGGACUUUUCAGAGGAGAAGUUCCAGCAGAUGAAGCUCCAAGCAUCCAGCCUGCACAGCGAGAAGGGCCUCUUGAUCUGGAGUGACGCCUUGGAAAGGAGCCAGGAAGCCAAGCAGAUUCUGGAGGGGCUCCUGAUCAGCUUCAAGGAGGAGGCCAAGGGGGUCCCCGCGGGAGACUGUGGGGAGGAGCGAGGCCCUUCUGCCCCUAACUCAUCUUCGGCAAUCCCAGCUGACGUCCUCAGUGUUGAUGAGGCCUUGGAGACCACCAAGGAUCGGGAGCCGUCCUCUAAAGAAACCAUGGACGGGAUUGAUGGGGUUCAGCCUUCCUCUCAAAAGGAAUCCUUGCGCAUCAGCUCAGACAGGGAUGUAAGAGGCAAUCAGGAAGCUUCUCCAGGGACAAUCUUGGGAUUUGGUGGGCUUGACCACCAGCAUCUGGGCGAGGAGCCCUCCGGAAGACCUCAGAGGACCUCCUGGCAUUCUUCUCCAUUGUGUCCCUCUUCCUCCUCUUCUCCCAAAGCAGAGCCAAAGCCAGGAACUGGGGAGACUCUGCCCCCCACCGGCCACUCCUGUGCCCCUCUGCCGGUGAGAGGUCCGCCGCGCCCCCAGAAGCCAGAGAGAGCCCAGUACUUCCAACUCUCCAGGCACGGGAGCUUUUCUUCAGAAGACGCCGAUUCUCUGAACUCCUCCGAAGAUGCCGCGGACUCCAGCAGCACGUGGUCCGUGGAGUUGCAGGGCCUCCGAGGAGGGGGGGCCCAGGAGAAGGGCCUGGGGAUCCUCUACUUGGAGAACCACAGUCCAAGCAGCAACUCAGGUCCGGUCAAACCAGAGACUUGAGGGGGCUGGACUUCUGGGUUAUCUCUAGGUGGUCUUCCGGCCAACCGAUCUGGUGCUGAAAACAUUCCUGGUCCUUUGGGUGCUCCAGUGUCCCAGCUGGGUUUUCUCCCGAAGCCCAAUUCUGUUCCUUUACUCUGACAGGACAAGGCACUAGUGUGUAUAAAGAGAGCAAGCCUCACUCCCAUCUAGCACUGAUGAUGGUACCUUGUCAGGUGAUGAGAUGUCUGCAAAGAAAACAACCCAGCUCAGAGAGGAUCAAGGGCCUCACAGUCAUUGUCGUCCUUCUCCACCACCCUUCCUUCCUUCUUUCCUUCCUUCCUUCCUUCCUUCCUUCCUUCCCUCCCUCCUCCCCCCUCUGCAAACCUAACUUCUUUCUAGUCCUGAUGAUGUUCCUUAGUUGGGUCAUGAAACAUCAGCAAAGAAACAGCCAAGCUCAGAGAGCACCAAGGAC